GAUACUUUAGUAUUUACUAUAUCUCAAUUAAGUGCUAUUGAAACUAUAUUAAUACCUUUGUUUGAACAAUUUCCAUUAAACACCACAAAAUAUUUAGAUUUUUUGGAUUUCAAAAAAGCAUUCUUUAUGUUUAAAAACCGAAAAACUAGUGAA